AUGAAAUUCCAAUCAAUUUGCAUGGCUGCUAGCUUGGUUGCUGCAGGUGCUGUGGCAUCCCCUGUCAAGGCUCAUGACAGGCCUCCUACCUACCUCUUUACAUUCGGGGAUUCUUACAGCAUGACCAGCUUUGACAUAUCCGGAGAACAACCAGCGCCCGGAGAUGCAAUGGGCAAUCCGGCACUAGGCCUGUACAGGCAGUAUAGCGACUUACACAUUCUAGGUACCGGUACCACAGGAGGAGGCAUCAAUUGGAUAGGAGACCUCACUACUGCGGAAAAUGAAACGCUCAUCCUAACCUACAACCUCGCAGUAGGUGGGGCAACUAUUGACAACCAGAUACUCAAUGCUGGAGUGGAGGACAUGACAACACAAGUUGCGACUUUUCUCUCAACUUACGGCGACAAGCCUGGCAUCGCACCCUGGGCUUCGGAUAAUACUGUUUUUGGGUUUUGGAUUGGGAUUAACGAUGUCGGUUGGGCAUACUCCAGUCAAAACGCCACGACACUUGUACCAGUGCUAAUGGCGCAGUAUAAAUCUCUCGUUGAGCAGAUAUACGCCAAAGGUGGACGAAACUUUUUAUUCUUGAACGUCCCACCCACGAGUCGCAGCCCAUACAUUCUAGAAUCUGGGUUGGCAGCUUCGCGACAACACGCAGCAUGGUUGACUGUUUUUAAUGAAUAUCUGAAGUUGAUGAUACUCGGCUUUCAAGAUGAGCACCCCGAGGUAAAAACCGUGCUCUAUAAUUCUUGGAAUUUCAUGACACAAAUUCUCGACAACCCAACCAAAUAUCAUUAUCCGAACUCCACCUGUAUUGAUACUGACGGGACAACCUGCAUUUGGUGGAAUAGCUACCAUCCUGGCUUGCGAUACCACGCCCUGCAGGCUGCUGAUAUGAAAGGUCACCUUGAGCCAUUCGGUGCUUGGUGA